AAAGAGCCGGGUUUAACUUUCAAUGUAAUCAUGUUCAUGUUUCAGAUUCAAUUUGAACAUUACUGCUAAUGGCCUAUGGUUAUGAUCCAAACCGCUUUCUUGAUCCAGUCAACGAAGAUUAUCUAUGCAAUAUUUGCCACGGUGUUUUUAACAAUCCACGAUUAUGCGAGGCAGAAGAGCACUACUUUUGUCUGAGUUGUAUUGAAGGAUAUCUUGUCCAUUCUCAAUCCUGCCCGAAAUGUCAACAACAUCUCACUCAAAAAACUUUGAAACAUCCCCAUUUUUUUUUGCCGAAGAUUUUGUCGCAGCUGAGAAUCAAGUGUGAUUACAACAGUCGAGGGUGUCCCAUAUUUACUCAGCUUAAAAUGUUGGACGAUCACGUCAGUGUUUGUGAAUAUCGUCCAGUUACGUGUGGAAAUUGUGGCCAGGAGGUGAACAAAAGAGAUGAAAACUACCAUAAAAGUUUCUGCCUGUUUGAUCGCUCCAAUAUUCAGGACUUGAAGGACAUCAAAAUGAAUCAAAAGGAAAUAAAGGAUAUGUUGACAACUAUGAUGAUGAUUAUGUCUGAAAGACAAGAAAAAUUUCCCGUAACCCUAGACAUGCGUGGGAAAGCACCACAAGUGGUGGAGAAUUCGCAAGGGGAAGAUCUGAUGGUAGUCACCAAUGGGUACAAGGAAGGUCAUACUUCCACGAAUACAUGCGAACAUAAAAUGAAAAAUGGUGAGACAAAAAUUAAUGAAUGUCAAGAUGAUGAUGUACGUAUGGAAGUUAUGAAAAUGAAGGAGAACAUUUUAACGAGUAAACAAGAUUGCGAGGGGUUUAAAGGAGUGCUAAAUGAUCUAUUAGCAAGGAAUGCAACAGGUAUUAUCAUAUUUUCUGGUGGGUAUGGUUGUAAAAGCGAAACUACUUCUUCAAAUACUGUUGAACUGUAUUGUAUUGUUGAGAGGAGCUCUAGAAUUGUGCAACAAUUGGAGCAACCUUUGGUAUCGUCGGCAUUGUGUGUUCACGACAAUCGCAUCCUUGCUAUUGGUGGUGUCGAUGAUGAAGGUGACAGUGACAAGAUCAAGGUUUUGAAGAUGAGCCGACAUGUUUUGCAAUGCGCAAUAUUUGGAAAACUGCCUGUUAAAUUAUUUGGCCACGAUGUCGUUGUCCAUGAAGGAAAUUUAUAUGUAAUAGGCGGGUGUAAUUGGCACGAAAGGAGAACAUUGGACGAAAUCUAUCAGAUUGCUCUUACCCCACCUUUUACUGUCGAGCUGCUGACGAGAAUGCCCGAGCAAAGAAGACAUCACAGAGCAGAACUUGUUAAUGGAAAGCUGUUUAUCUUGGGCGGAGCAUCUACCGGACGUAGUAAAGAUGCCACUGACAGCGUUGUCGUUUACGAUUUUGGUGAGAAUGAGUUCAAGCCUUGUCCGUCGUUACCUCAGCCGGUUUCUCGUAUGUCCUCGGUUACUUCGGGUGAGAAUAUUAUCGUUAUCGGGGGCAUGGAUAUGAGAGGCCGUGCAGUCAAUGACGUCAUCACAUAUCACACGGUGACCGGGCGAUCUGAGAUGUUACCAUCCAUGCAGCACAAAAGGUACGGCAGCUCUGUCGUAAUCAUCGAUGACGUCAUUUUCGUGUUUGGCGGACGGAAUAUGAGGAGGGAUAUCUCAACUCAGUGGAAACCUUCACCAUUGGUGGAAAUGGCUGGGAAGAACUGCCAGGAAUGA